AUGCCUGGAUUUACGAGCACUAGUGAGAAGACUGCAGUCGGACCUCACCUGAGACUUCGCAUCGUCAUAUGCGGUGCUGGACUGGGAGGGCUAGGAGCAGCCAUAGGGCUCGCCAGGAAAGGACACGAGGUGGUGGUACUGGAAGGUGCAUCCCAACUAUCAGAGGUUGGAGCCGGCAUCCAAAUUCCACCGAACAGUAUGCGUGUCCUAGAUGCCUAUGGACUGAGUAAAAGACUGCAGCAAUGGGUUGAAAGGCCGAGAAACAUUGCGUUGAGAAGAUAUGCGACUGGACAAAUUCUGGGUGUGACACCACUUCACCCGCGACUUACCGAGACAUACGGAUUUCCGUACCUGCUCAUUCACAGAGCCGAUUAUCAGCGAAUACUUCACGAAGAAGCAAAGUCCCUGGGCGUCGAGGUACAAAUGUCGACCCGUGUCGUUUCUGUCAACACCGAGGUGCCUCUUGUUACAACUGAAACCGGACAGGAAUUCGCCGCGGAUGUCAUUGUUGGGGCGGAUGGCAUAAGAUCGAGAGUUCGGGAGUCUGUCAUUCCAGAUCAAGUGAUAGAACCCAGCAGUUCCUCAAAUUGCGCAUUUCGAGCGACCGUGACGAGCGAUGAUAUGCUCUCAGAUCCUGAGGUGGCCCACCUUAUGUCAGAUGUCAAUGCGAACAGCUGGAUAGGCCAUAGGAGGCAUGUCAUGGCUUAUCCUAUCCGACAAGGCGCCAUGUAUAAUCUCGUCAUGUCACAUCCCGGCCAGGCGGCCCCUGGGAAAUGGAAUGAACCUGGUAAUCUCGACGAAAUGAAAGCAACAUAUGACGAUUUUGACCCUGUUCUUAAAAGGGUGCUGGGCAAGGUCAAGGGCUGUCUGAAAUGGAAACUGGCCGAUUUACCGCCUCUGACAAACUGGGUCAGCAAAUCUGGCCGAGUAGUGCUGAUUGGCGAUGCUGCUCAUGCCAUGGUACCCUACCUGGCACAAGGAGCAAGCAUGGCCAUCGAGGACGGUGCAGCACUUGCAGAAUGCCUGAGUCGUGUUCAAUCUCAGGACCAGAUCUCACAGUACCUCGGUUUAUUCGAGACGGUCAGGAAAUCUCGAUGUGAGCGCAUUCAAGAAUGUUCGAGACUCAAUGGAGAGCGUUGGCACAUGCCAGAUGGUCCUGAGCAGGAAGCGAGAGACAGAGCACUGGGAAAGGACCACAUGUCGGAAGAGGCUACAGCAACAAACGGAGAGGACUCCCAUCCAAAUCUGUGGUCAGACAAGGGCUUCCAACCAUGGUUAUUUGGCUACGAUGUGUUCACGGAGACGUCUCAAGCCCUCGAUAGGGCUGAGCAGAGCAAGUUUGGACAGUGA